CGACUUGUGAGGCGCGGUAGUCGGGAGUCGGGACCUACCCAGCCAGCUGAGUCGGUCUAACUUGACGAGUCAGUGGUGCUUUCUACCCUCAGUCUCCUGGGCCAGACAUCGGGAUAAAGAACCUGCGGGGUCCGUCAAAAUCGUUUUCCUCUUUACUAGUGUUGUGUGUAUGGACUGGCAUUGUUUUUGUGGAACUGUCUGUACAGGAUAUCGCUCACAUGGAACAGGAAUAAUGGUGUGACAUCUUGCACAGUGAUUCUCGUCGAAAUUUCAGUUCAGAUGCCUAAGAUUGCGCUGAGGAUAAACAGACCGAGCUGAGAGAAAGAUUGGUGUGCGAUUACUUCAGGCCUUGUUUUCCUUGAUAUUUCUUGGUCCCCUUGACACUAUUUUCCGUCUUUCGGCUGCAAACUUAUACAUUAGUAUCAUCCCUAAGCAUCACCAAAGUGCCGACUUUCAUGGUACAGAAAAUCAGCUGGACUGUUUCCUCAUGAUAAGGCUGUAAUUCCUUCAGCUUCACAAUGAAGUUCUGUCGGCUCUACAGCAUCUGCGUGCUCGCAUCUCUUGCUCUGCUUUCCUUUGGUGCCGUAACGGAAGAAGGGAGCUCCGAUGUGGACCACCACCUGAAGAAUGAGUCGGGCCAUGUGGAGACGCCAGGCGUCGCCGUCGAUGACGAAGCGGGAGGAGACGGUGAGGGGGAGGACCUGCAGUCCGACGACGCCAACCAAGUCCUCCGGCAGCGAGGACGGACUAAGACGACCUACCGGACUUCAUCAUCGAGCACGAGGGUCGUCAGACCAGGUUACACGCACACUGCACCACAUCCUUGUGACCAGGGCUCUUGCAUUCCUGCCACUGGUAACUUACUCAUUGGUCGACAAGACAAACUGACUACUACAUCCACUUGCGGCCUCGCCAGAAGGGAACGAUACUGUAUUGUGUCCCAUUUGAAAGAUAGAAAAAAAUGUUUCUGGUGUGAUUCUCGUGAUCAGUUCGUAGGUAGUCCACAGUUUUCCCAUAGAAUUGCAAAUAUAAUCCAUGGAACUGAUUCACGUACACAAAGAAGAACGUGGUGGCAGAGUGAAAACGGUGUAGAAGACGUGAGUAUACGGCUUGACUUGGAAGCAGAGUUUCAUCUUACGCAUCUUGUCAUCACAUUCAGGACAUUCAGACCAGCAGCCAUGCUUAUUGAAAGAUCUUUCGAUAAAGGCCAGACAUGGAAGGUUUAUCGGUACUUUGCAUAUGAUUGCAAUGACGCUUUCCCCGGGAUACCAAAAGGACCUCGUAGAGCAAUUAAUGAUGUAGUCUGUGAGUCAAGGUACUCUGCAGUAGAACCUUCAACUGGGGGUGAGGUAAUUUUCAGGGUUUUGCCACCAAACAUUCCCAUUGAAGAUCCAUAUAGUGAUGAAGUGCAAGAUUUGCUGAAGAUUACUAAUUUGAGAAUAAACUUUACAAAGCUUCAUACUCUUGGAGACCAACUUCUUGACAACCGAAAGGAAAUAAAGGAGAAAUAUUAUUAUGCCAUACAUGAGAUGAUUGUCAGAGGUUCUUGUUCCUGCUAUGGUCAUGCUUCUCGUUGUCUUCCUCUGGAUGGUGUAGAAGAUCAACCAAAUAUGGUCCAUGGCAAGUGUGAAUGCACACACAACACAAAGGGACUUAAUUGUGAGAAAUGUGAAGAUUUUUAUAAUGACCUGCCAUGGAGACCUGCAAUACAGCAGGAGUCUAAUGCUUGCAAAAGGUGUAAUUGCAACAAUCAUGCAACAAGAUGCCACUUCGAUGAACAAGUUUAUGAGAGUACUGGUAAAGUCUCUGGGGGAGUCUGUGAUGAUUGUGCUCAUAACACUCAAGGCCGAAACUGUGAGGAGUGUAUUCCGUACUAUUAUCAGGACCCCAGCAGGGAUAUCAGAGAUGCUGACAUCUGUCAACCAUGUAAUUGCGAUUCAAGAGGAUCUGUGGAUGAUGCCAUCUGUGAUUCACGAACGGACACUGCUGAGGGACUGCUGGCAGGACGGUGUCAUUGUAAAGUUUAUGUAGAUGGCUUAAAAUGUGACCGCUGUAAACCAGGUUAUUGGAAUUUCACAUCAGCAAACCCUGAAGGUUGCCAAAGGAUGCCAGAAGAUUAUUUGUCUCAGCCAAAAUCAGAAUGGCCACAGAUACCUUGCUCUUGUGAUAUCCUUGGAACAAUUAAUAAUGCUGGGUGCAAUGUCCUCACUGGUGAAUGUUCUUGCAAGCGUUUUGUAACUGGCAGAGAUUGUAAUCAAUGUCUGCCUCAGCACUAUGGUCUUUCUGAGCACCCAGAUGGUUGUCAACCUUGUGACUGUGAUCAAGGUGGCUCAUUAGACAAUAAUUGCGAUGUUAUCAGUGGACAGUGCAAAUGUCGCCCUUAUGUAGUUGGUCGUCGAUGUGAUACUCCUGAAGAAGGAUAUUAUGUUGCCACGUUGAAUUAUUUAACUUACGAGGCAGAAUUGUCAAGGGGAUCAGAGCUAUAUUGUGCAGAAGCAAGUCUGUAUAGCUUCAGACAAUCCAGUGGAACAAAUUGUCAAGUCGUGAUGCGAGAACCAUAUCGUGAUGGACGGGAAACAACUUGGACUGGCUUAGGAUUCAUGCGUGUCUUUGAAAACUCAUACUUAGAAUUUGAAAUUGAGAACAUUGAAACAGAUAUCGAGUAUGACCUAGUUAUUCGCUAUGAGCCUCAGUUCCGUGGAGAAUGGGAAAAUGUAUUGGUUACCGUAGAGCGCCCUGAGCCAGUCGACCCAACUGGUCCAUGCGGAAAUACAAGGCCCUCAGAUGACCAGAUGGUGAUAAGUCUACCAGAUAGUCGGCGAUUUGUUACAGUUUAUCCACCUGUAUGCUUUGAAGCUGGUAAAAGAUAUAAGAUAAGAUUAGACUUUAGAAGAUCAAAUGCCCAGACGGAUUCUCCUUCAGCAUCAAUUCUUGUUGACUCAAUUAUGCUAAUUCCAAGAGCAGAAAAACUACCCUUUUACUCUGGAUCGCAAGAAAAUGAUAAUUUACGCUAUGAGUACGAGAGAUACAGAUGCAGUGAAGGUUUCUAUGAUGGCCAUACACUAGCUACUGUACCUGAGAUAUGCAAAGAUAACCAUUUUGGCAGCAUUGGAUUAUAUGUGUAUGGACAAGCAUUUUCCUGCCAGUGUGAUGGGACUGGUAGUUACAGUAGCAUCUGUGAUAAUUUAGGAGGUCAGUGUAACUGUAAGCCCAAUGUUGUUGGACGGCGCUGUGAUAGAUGUGCUCCUGGCACUUAUGGGUUCGGUCCAUCUGGCUGUAAAGCAUGUGACUGUAGCCCAGUAGGAUCAUUAGAUAACUUCUGUGAUCAACAGACAGGACAUUGCAAGUGUAGACCAAAUACUUAUGGACGUCAGUGCAAUGAAUGCCAACCUGGAUUUUGGAAUUUCCCUAAUUGCCAACGUUGCGAAUGUAAUGGACAUGCUGAUACUUGUGAUUCAUAUUCAGGAAUAUGUCAUGAAUGUCGUGACAAUACUACUGGACCAAACUGUGCUUUGUCCUGGAACAAUUGACUCUGGUCAUAGUUUUGCCUCACGGUGCUUGCUGGAUCCACGCACUAAAGAUGUUAUUUGCGAAUGUGAACUUGGAUAUGCAGGUGCAAGAUGUGAUGUUUGUGCUGAUAAUUAUUAUGGCAAUCCAGAAGUUCCAGGUGGCAAGUGCACGCCCUGUGAUUGUGGUAAUAAUGUCGAUAUCUCCCGUUCUGGAAACUGUAAUUCUCGAACUGGUGAAUGCCUUCAGUGCCUUUUCAAUACGGCUGGCUUCAACUGUGAAAGAUGUAAAGCUGGUUAUUACGGUGAUGCAUCAAGUCAGCAAUGUAGAGAAUGUGUUUGCAAUAUUUUAGGCUCUGAUCAAAGCAUUGGAGUUUGUGAUCAUGAAACAGGACAGUGUCCAUGUUUGUCCAAUGUCUUGGGGCAAGAGUGUGACCAUUGUGCACCUAACCACUGGAAAAUUGCAUCAGGAGAGGGUUGUGAACCUUGUGCUUGUGAUCCUGUAGGAGCUUAUUCAAAUCAGUGCAAUGAGUUUGAUGGACAGUGCCAGUGCCGUCCUGGAUUUGGAGGUCGCCAGUGCAACCAAUGCCAAGCUAACUUCUUUGGAAACCCUCGUGUAGAAUGUUUAGCUUGCAAUUGUAACCGUGAUGGAUCAGAGACUCUUCAGUGUGACCAUGAGACAGGGAAGUGUAAAUGCUUGCAGGGAAUUGGUGGAAUGAAAUGUGAUGAAUGUGCCAGAGGGUUCACUGGUAGAGCACCGUAUUGUCAGCCAUGUGGAGAAUGUUUCGACAACUGGGAUGUAGUUCUUACCGAGUUGAAAGAACGCACAGAAGCCCUCAUUGAAGCUGCGGGUCAAAUCAAGCAGACUGGAGCAACAGGAGCCUAUAGUCAUGAAUUUGAUUCAAUGAAGGAUAAGAUUGAUGAUGUUAGAGACAUUUUGUUGUCUGCAAACAUGACUUCGCAGAAUUUGGUAUCACUUGAAGAUCUUAUAGCUGAACUUAGUGCAAACCUUACUGCUGCUGGAACCGAACUUCAGGGAUUAGAAACAGGAGUUGAUACAACAUCUCAGCGUAUCUCUUUAGCAACCAACGACCUAGCAGAUCUUCGACUACAAGCAGAGGAACUUAGAAAUCAGGCAGGAGAUUUGAAAGAAAAAGCAACAAAACUCCAGGAAGCAAACGUUGAAGGGGCACUCAACCUGACAAGAGUCGCAGGUGAAAGAUCAAAAGCUGCAGAAAAACAAGUAGAAUUCACUCAGGUUAUUGUUAGUGAAUCUGAGCGCAAUUGCAAACGAGUUGAAUUCCUGUUAUUACAUGCUGGUGAUCGUUUCAACCGUACCCAGGAUGAAAAUGAUGCAAAACUGGCAGAACUUGGUGAAAUGCUGGGGGAUAUGGAGUCAGGAAUGCCAGAUCUUAAUGACCAGGUAUGCGACAGACGUGGUGAUCCUUGUGAUAUUUACUGUGGUGGAGCUGGCUGUGGGAAAUGUGGUGGUCUGUCAUGCAAUGAUGGCUUAGUUAACACAGCUGAAUUAGCCUUGAAGUUUGCUGUGGAUGCUGAGGAAACACUGAAGAAGAAAGAAGCAUCGGCUGAUGAAUUGCUUAGGGGUGUUUCUGGAGCUAAGCGUCAAGCCAGUGCAGCUUUUGAUUUAGCUAAGAUGGCUUAUGAUAUGGCACACAAUGCUCGUAACAUGACAGAUUCCUAUAAGGCAAGAAUCUCUGAGCUUCUUCAAGAAAUUGAAGAGUAUUUCAACACACCUGGAGCUAAACCUCAAGAAAUAAGAGAACUUGCAGAAGAGGUAUUAAAUCUUGAUAUUUCUCUGAGACCAGAGCAGAUUACCAACUUGGCAGAGAAAAUUACAUUAACAAUUGAGUCUUUAACAAAUAUUGAUGCAAUCAUUGAUGCAACAAGAAAUGACUUGGCACUUGCAGUAAAUCUCAAAGAGAGGGCUGAUCGAGCUAAACUGAAAGCAGAAGGUACCUUAGGGGUUGCAAAGCGAGUAGUAUUAGCUCUCGAGGAAGCAGCUGCUGCUCAGGAUUCUGCGGAAGAGGCCAUUAUGAAAGCAAGUAAUGAUAUUCAAUUGACUGAGACCCACUUAACCCAGAUUGCAAGUGAAACCAAUGCAGCACAAGCUAAAGCAAAUUCAUCCCUUAGAGAAGUUCAGGAUCUAGAAUUCCGAGUUGAUGAGGUAAAAAGACAAUACAAAAUCAACCAACGCCAUCUGGAAGAUACAACCAGUGCUGUAAAUCAAGCUGCCCUGAAAGCUCAGCGGGCAGGUAAUGAUGCUAAAAGUCUAGAAGAUAGUUAUCUUAAGGUAGCUGAACAGUUAGAAAUUAAAUCCAGAGCAGCAGAAGAGGCAAGAAACAGAGCAGAAAAGCUGAAAAAUCAAGCUAAUAAGUUAGCAUCAGAAGCAUUUGCCAAGUUAAACAUGUUAAAAGAAAUGGAUGGGGUUUUCCAAAAGAAUGAAUUGAUACUGGAAAAUUUUGAAGAGGAAAUAAGACGAAUGGAAAUAAGUAUGGAAGAAUACCAUCUAAUUAUAUCUCAAAAGACAGAAUUCUAUGCUACUUGCCAAUCUGGAAGACGUUGAUCUCAGCAUAUUAUGAAAGCUAUAAAUUAAAAGUGAUUAAAUCAGAAGUUACAGCAGCAUCAUUGUUCCAAAAAGACUAUAUCUUUUGAGUCUAUAAUACAUAAUGAUUUCCAAGUUGUAAGAGACUCAUUUAAUGAAUUACUUUAAUAAUCUUGCAUCUUUUCCAGACUAGAAACACUGUAAUUUAUGUAACCAAUAUUUUGGACUUUGGAAGUGUGUGUGCUUUAAGUUUACUUUUAAUUGACUAAAAGUAGGUCAUGUAAAUUGUGUGUUGCAUGAAUAUUCUUGUGGUAAUUAGCAUUUUAUAUUUUUUUUAAGACAGUUGAGAAUAACCAUAUUUUAGAAGUUUAUAUAUAUAUAUAUA